AUCAGCACUUCUUGGUAAUAUUUGGAUGUAUGGUCUUCUGACAUAACGUGACAAACCUGAACACGGAUGGUCAUGGCGGCGUUUCUGUCGAGUUCGGCAAAGUCGGGUGACGUGGCGGAACGCUCGCCGGCGGUGAUUUCCGCUAACCUCAAGGAGGACAUGCUGCUUCAAAAGAAGAUGGUGGUCCUCAACCGCUCCGAGCGUUCCGUGGUACAUCAGAUCAAGGUGGAUCAGAAGGUACUCUACAAGCGUUUCCAGGCGCGUCUCGUCCGCUCAAAACUCGCUCACGCGCGUCUUCUCGGACAGCGGGAAUUGGAACGGGAACUGAGAGCCCGAAAUCUUGGUGGCCUUAAUACGAACAUUGCCGGUACGUCGGAGGAAGAAUUUUUGUUCCUGGAGAAGUUGGAACAUAGACCAUGUAUGGCGUCAUCGUUUUCACCGCGCGUUGGAAUAGCUGGUAAAGGAAAGUGUUCUGAUCAGAAUAAUCACGACGCUGUUGAGCAAUUUGAUGAUAAUACUGCAGCGGAUAAUACGAACCAACCCGUACCAGGUCGGUCUGCGUCUUCGCUGGCAAGGUAUGACGAUUUACAGACUAACGCGAAACAGAAGGGUGACGGGAAAGGUGUUGCGAAGGCACUAGAAAAGGAAAGUGAGGAAUCUCAUUUAAAACUACGGCCGGCAACUACAAUGGGCAUGCGUGUUGAUGAUGAGUUUAUUAAACACAAAUUAAUGCUGCAAGCGGCAUCUUCCAAUAAAUCAAAAUCUGACAACAAACUCAGCAAAGUAACGCUCGCGUCUGAGACAGCAAUGCAUGCCCAAUUAGAAGAACCUGUAACAACUAAUUGUGAAGAAUCGAGCAGUGAAAUAACUGGCAGUGAAAACGAAAACAGUGAGGGUACUGAAACAGGCAAGGUUAAAGGUUUAAUUUUUAGUGAUCAAAUUUCACCGCAAGAGCCUCUUCGCCCCAAUACAGUUGCUCAUUUCCAUGGAUUUUCGGAAGACCAUGUGGAUCAAAUAAUUUCUAAUCUUGGUUCCCCCGCCUCACCUAAACAGAUGGACCGGAAACCAUCAAAGCAAAGUGCAGACUUCUUUCAGGAGGGAAAGAAAGUGGAUCUUGUCUCCUUGCGCCUCAAACAAGCGCGCGCGCACAAUUACUCAGAGCAAGUGAAAAAGUUCUGCACUGACUUAGAAAAUGUAUCGAAAGACAAGAAAAGUCCGGAUGUAGAUUAUUACUCCAUGCGACUGCAACUGUCACUCGCUCAUACUACGACGAGGCCGUGUGAUCGAGUACCAGGUACACCGGAAGAGGAAAACAAGCGCUCAGUUGGGGACAUUUUCGUACGCAGUCUAACCAUGCCUCAUAUAAACUGGAAUUUCACAAAUCCGAGAUAGUGUUUGGUUAUUGAUUUAUACAAAACAAUUCCAAAAAACAGACUGCUGUAGAAUUUCGCACAUUCGCGAUACUGGUAGAUUUUUCAAAAAGAAAUUCAGGUUACAUGUAUAAAAGAUGUUAUGAGUUUUCGAGAAUGGAUUGUUAAUUAAAGAAAAUGCGGGGCAAUGACUUUUCGAUCCUUAAAUGCUCUGUUGGAAGUUUUAAUGUUAUGUUUAUGGUAAAAAACGUGUCCUUGUUGAGUUAAAUGUGUUGAUACGUUCCCCUGCUGCUAGUUAGAUACUAAGUUUCCAGCCAAUAAAUAACAAUAAAGAGUACUGGGGGCCGUUUCAUAAACGUGCUUACGACAAUUUUAACUUACGAGAGAACGUUGUAAUCUUUAUAAGUAGACGAACUAGCUCGCCAUGCUCGUCAAAUAUAUACAGCGCUUAAGAUGACAAUCUAAUUAAUUAAGUACUGAAAAUGUAUUAUCAUAUGAUUUGGACUUAAGCAAUUAUGUUUCUUAGAAAAAAUGUAUCGUAUCGUAAAUGUGUACUACGAUGUUUAUUGAAACGGUCCCAUGAUGCGCAAAAAUUAAACCGCGAGAGAACGGUAGUUCAAAUUGUUUAAUAAAGAGACAGAGUUCUUUAUGCUUAAAUUAAAAAUAACAAUGUACAAACGAUAGCGCAAAAAAGUAUUUCGAUUGUGACAUGCUUUCAUGACUAUUUGUUCAAGUUUAAUGAACAUUGUGUUUUAUUAUGCAGUGCUGCGGCAAUAUACUUAUUUUCUGCGUUUUUAACGAGUGGUUUGUGAAGCUAGUCUGUUUAUAUUAUAAAAAUCAGCGAGCCUUAUGAUUAAACUUACAAAUGCAUACGUGUGAUUAAAACAUUGUCAAUUAUGAUAUUCAAAUACAUCUCUCCGUAAUAUGCCAUUGCAUCCAUUAUUGUAUGUUUUACUAAACAUGUCAAAUGUUGAAAGGGUAACGAACGACUCAAUUCAUUAACCCUGACAAACAUGCUGUUUCACAAAUAGUGUCGUAUUAACCCAUUUAUGCCUUGUGGCCUCUCCCAUCCUUCUAAAUUGGAUCAAUUAAUUUCAAAAAUUAGGGAUGUCUAGCAUAUUUAUUUCUAUAUUUAGAAUAUUUCUUACAGAAAUUUCUUUACGCAAACAGCGCAGACCCUGAUGAGACGCCAAAUCAUGCGGCGUCUCAUCUGCAAGGCCUUUUUUCUAGACGCUAGGCAUAAAUGGGUUAAGCUAGGUUUUAAACAAUCAAUCAAAGAGAAAGUUAAACAAAUAUUCUUAAAUCUUGAAAGUAAAUCAACGACAAACGACAUGAGUAAAAACAUUGUGACCUCACUUACACAACCUGCUAGUUAGUGUAACGCAAUUCAUAUAAUAUUAAAUAACUGUAAUCUGUGUUCCUAUAUUAUCUGCAAUUGUAUUG